AUGACCGACCACGACAACGACAGCGGCUCCGCCUCGCCGCUCGACAAGCUGCGCGGCGCCGCCGACAAGGUCAUCCAGACCAUCCAGCACGAGAGCGAGUCCGAGGCCCACCAGAUCUUCCGCUCCCAUCCGGGACACGCCCGCAGGCACCAUGCCGCAAAGCGCCGCGGCGACGGCGACGGCGAUCACGAACCCGACCACGACCACCUCCCGGGCAUCGAGCAUCCCGGCUCCACCGGCGUCAUCUACGUCACCGACCGCGCAAUGUCCAACGGUUUCCACUACGGUCACCCAGAGUGGGCCAACCUCGGCCAGGGCGCCCCAGAGACUGGAGACAUACCCGGAGCCGUGCCACGCCCCAAGCACCUCGACCUUGAGCAGUUCGGCGACCAGGUCCACGAGUACGCCCCAAACACGGGCAUCCCCGAGCUCCGCAAGGCCGUCGCAAACUACUACAACCAGACGUUCCGCCAGAAGCACGACAAGAAGUUCACCGCAUCCAACGUCUGCAUCGUGCCCGGCGGAAGGGCGGGCAUGGCCAGGCUCGCCGCCGUCAUUGGCAACGUCAACCUUGGCUACCAGCUGCCCGACUACACGAGCUACGAGCCGCUGUUGGGCUCUACCAAGGGUCUGACGCCCAUCCCGACGGUGCUGUCGGCAGAGGAGCAGGGCUUCAAGCUGAGCGUCGACGACAUGGCCAGGGAGAUCAAGGGGCGCGGCCUGUCGUCGAUGCUCCUCAGCAACCCGCGCAACCCGACCGGCAUGAUGCUCGAGGGCGACGAGCUCAAGCGCGUCGUCGACAUGUCAAAGGAGCUCGGCUGCACCAUCUUGCUCGACGAGUUCUACAGCUGGUAUCUCCACGAGGGGCCCCUCGGCCGCGCCAACUCGGCCGCCGAGUACAUCGACGAUAUCAACGACACGCCCGUCGUCCUCAUCGACGGCCUCACAAAGGGCUGGCGCCUGCCCGGCUGGCGCGUGUGCUGGGUCGUCGGCAGCGAAGACGUCAUCACCGCACUCAACGAGUCCGGCAGCUACCUCGACGGUGGCUCCUCGCACCCGAUGCAGUGCCUGGCGCUCCAGAUGCUCGACAUCGACCGGUGCAACCAGGACCGCAUGGCGCUCCAGAAGCACUUCAGGGCCAAGCGAAGGCACGUCCUCGACCGGCUCGCCAAGAUGGGGCUGGCGGUCAAGACGGAGCCGCAGGCGACCUUCUACAUCUGGCUCUCGCUGGCCAGUCUGCCGUUCCCGCUCAACUCUGGCCUCGUCAUGUUUGAGGAGCUGCUGCGCGAAAAGACGAUUGUCGUGCCCGGCAUCUCGUUUGACAUCAACCCGGCACACCGGCGCAACGUCAUCUCGUCGCCCUGCGAGCAGUACAUCCGCAUCUCGUACGGCCCGCCUCUUGACCAGAUCGACCGCGGCCUCGACGCACUCGAGCGCGUCAUCGCCAAGGCCCACCCGAGCCAGGCGGGAAAACACAGCCUCAACCGCGGAUACAUCCGUACCCAAAAGCCUCACGUCGACGUCUCAUCCACAAAGUGA